AUGUCAGACAAUCUUCCCGGGCUUUGCAUUGCAGACACUUUCUCCUCCUUGUCGCUGCUGGGGGCGGAGAUCCUUUCAACUGUGGCAACGUUGGUCACGGGCUUUACAGCCGAGUCCCCAGCCAUCUUUCGUAUGACGCAGCCUGGAACCGUCUUGUCGGAUGCCACCUUCUGCAAUAUCACCGUCUCGUAUACGCACCCGGGCCAGAACGACGAGGUGUUCGUUGAGACCUGGCUCCCCAUCUCGUCGUCCUCCGAGGCCGGCAACAACACCAGCACCGCCGGGGGUCCGCCAGCACCGCCAACCACAGGUGCACCACUCGGCGGAGCCUGGAACGGCAGACUGCAGGGCGUCGGCGGCGGCGGACUGGUCCCCGGUCGCAGCUUGUUGAGUUACAUGGCCAUGUACGGCGCCCUGGCGGACGGUUAUGCAACUGUAACGACGGACGCAGGCCUUCCCCAGGGCGUUGGCCCGGGAGACCCGAGCAGCUCCUGGGCGCUCUUGUCCCCGGGCAAUGUCAACUUAUACAAGCUGCAGAACUUGGCGUCAGUGUCGCUCGACGACGAGGCCAAGAUUGCCAAAUCUCUCAUCACAGCGUUUUACAAGUCCCCACCCAAGUACUCCUACUUCAAUGGUUGUUCUCAGGGCGGCAGGCAGGCCCUCAUGCUCGCACAGCGCUAUCCUGACGCGUACGAUGGCAUCAUCGCCGGGGCCCCGGGGAUAUACUGGACCGAGCUGAUCCCUCUGUUCCAGUGGCCGCAGCAAAUAAUGAACAUGCGUGGUGGUAAUGCGCCGUACUCGUGUGAAAUGGAUGCUAUCAACGCCGCUGCGGUCAGGGCUUGCGACGGUCUCGAUGGUGUGGUUGACGGCGUGGUCAGUGAGCCCGAGGAAUGUCUAAGGGUGUUUGAUCCAAUGGGCAUGGUUGGGAAAGCUGCAGAUGCUUGCGAGUCCAUGGGUGUUGGGACCGCUGGCGGUGGUAACGGAAAGCGCCGUGGCAACGUGGUGAGGAUCAGCGAGACCGCGGCUGCCGUCGUCAAGGGCAUGUGGGAGGGCAUGACCACCUCCGACAAGAAGCACAUCUAUCACGGGCUGUACCCGCCGGCAGACAUCACCGGGAACGACCCGCUGUCCUACCCCCUUGUCGGGAUUGCCGCGACCACGUGCCCAGCACCACUGGCAUCGGGCUGGGAGACGGAGUGUAAGGGCAAGCCAUAUCAGAGCGGUGUUGACUGGUUGCAACUCUUCGUCGCGAAGGACCCGAGCCUCGACGUGAGCAAACUCAGUCAUGAGCAGUGGGAUCAGCUGGUGCGCAAGAGCGGGCGCGAGUAUCGGUCGAUCAUUGGGGCCGAAGAUGUGGAUCUGUCCGAGUUCAAGCAGAUGGGCGGCAAAAUCAUGUCUUUUCAUGGGCUGGCUGAUGGCAUGGUCCCACCGGCGGCCACUCGAAAGUACUACCAGGACGUCCUCGCCCUCGACCAUUCCGCCAGAGAGACUUUCUUCCGCCACUUCGAGAUUCCAGGACUCGGCCACUGCCUGGGCGGGCGUGGCUCGCAGCCUUCUAGCAUGUUCAGUCAGCUGCGCGCGUGGGUCGAGAAGGGACAGAUGCCAGACAGCUCACCCGUCACAGUGAAGGACUUGGAUGGGGGUAUCCAGGAACGCUGGUCUUGUGCAUGGCCCGAAAAACCAGUGUUUGACAAGUCGUGCGGCGACAGCGGCAAGAGGGCCUGCUGGAAGUGUCGGUGA